UUAGGGAGGACAGUACAACUGCUUCUCAGUUGUGCAGAGUGAUCGUUACAUAGUGAAAGAUUAUUUCACUGUUUUAUAGGUAUCCUAGGUGGGUGGAGGUACGAGGUCUAUGAUUGAUCCAGACAACAGGGUUCAAGGCAACAGGUUUUUUAUAUUUUCCACAAAUAGGAGAACCAACCACAAUUUUCUCUUGUCAAGGACUCUUUUCAAGGCAACUGCACAGUUCAGAUCAGUUGGCCCCAACAAUGGGAUUUCAAGCAGGGGGUACUGUUCUCUCAAUCAGUGUAUGAAGACAGGCAAACAGGUUGCCCUCUGGUGGACACCUGCAGCAGUGUAGCAUACUGUGCAUGUGCAGUACAACUGUUUUGAAGUUGGGAUUGCUCAACAGAUUCUUGUAACACUAAAAACAAUCCCAGAUGGAAACACUCAAACUAUGGAGUACCAUGUUCAGGGCUGCAAUAGUGAAGAUAUAAGACGGAACAUUCCAAUAUGCAUCGCUGGAAAACUGAAUUACUCAGUUGAUCAAAAAGAGAAGCUGAUUUCUGUGCACGUCUCAGAGUUUCUUGAAGACAAUGACUAUCAUUUGAGGUUAUGUCAUAAAUGGCAUUCCUGUGAAAGUACUGGAGCUUAUGUACUGAUCAAAAGGGAAAACCCUGUGAAAAAAGUGACCUUGCCAUAUUCAAAGUUGGUGCCCUGUCUUUGCAUUGAGGGAUGGUCUUCAUUUCCAGAUUCAAGUAGAAUACAACUGUGUCCAUUUAAAAAAAAUACUGAAGAACUCUGGAGUGGAAUCACCUACAACCCAAUAUCACAGGAGCUAGUUUGGGAGCUGGCCUGUCCCACUGAAGUUAGGGUGAGCCUUUGUUGGACAACAGAACACAUCCAUUCCUGCACUGACCUUCCAAACUCUUCACAAAUAGUGCAGAACAAAAUUAAAUAUGUUGGCAUUGACUCACAUCCAAGACUGUGCGUAAAGGUUUACAACCAUGAGUGGUUCAUGGAUAAGAUGUCCUUUUGCAAAUGGAUAUUUUCCAGAAACGUUUUUAUUCUGCAAUUAAGACAAGGGCAGGUGAAAUCAAAAUUCUGUGCACCACCUUAACUAAGAGGUUAAGAUGAUCUGAUUGAAUUACUGGUGUUCAUGUCUGUGUCCAUUUACAUAACUCAAGCUGAAGAUCAGGCUUUCAUUUUCUUUCUUUCUUUGCCCUUCCCACUCUUCUCUUUGAUAUUAAGGAUUAAACCACAUUUCACAAGGAGUUUUUUUUUCUUUAUUGCAUGCCCCUGAAAACGAAUGAGAGAAGAUUGGCUUCACCUGAGUGAAUAAUCAGCCUCUGGUGAUCUUCAUUAAAAGCCCACAGUCGGACAACCAGAGAGAAAAAAAAUAAAAUAGCCGCAGCAGAGGCAGGGGAAACAAACCAUGGUGUUUUUUGGAAACAGUUUUUGCAGGACGGCAGAGACCAGAAAAGAAAAAGAGACAAAGUUGACCGAAGACUCUUAAGGAAAGAGCUUGACAAAAGUUGGCAACUGUGGACCACUCGAUUUCGCAGAAUGUACAUUUCAUUCAGAAUUGUGGCACAAUCACUAAUCCUGUUCUCAAUUGUGUAGACUAAGGCAAUGGUGUGUUAUAAGCAGAUGUAUUUUUCUUUUUAGUCAUUUAAAUAGAUUUUAUUUGAUCUUUUUAUACUUUUAAAGAUAAGCUUUUAAUUGAACAUGCAUGCUGGAUGGUUUUCUCUCUUUCUAAUACGGUUGGGUCAUGUGCUGUUCCCCACUAAAAUAUACGCCAACCUAUUAGCUGCUGGAAGUUUAAAGUGGUGUAUGUCAUGACUACACAACAGAGCUUGUAUAUAAAUCACGUCAAUUACAGAUUUCAUAAAAGCUGAUACAAUUAAAUAAAGGGUCAGUGUAUGUUAGGAUCCCAAGCCGAAAUACGACCCCAUCACCUUGGGGUUAAAUUACUUUUUUAGAUAGCUGAAAUCGU